AUGUCAGCAUUUUCUUGCGUCCCCGCAACGUUUGAGAACAUCUCACUGUUUGGGGCGGAGAUUCUGUCUCUGCAGACAAAUCUUGUCACCAACUACACCAUCACUGUCCCUUCUUCUGUUCGCUUCACCCAGCCGUCAGUCGAAGUGCAGAACGGGAGCUUUUGCAACAUCACGGUAACCUACACCCACCCGGGUCAAGGUGAUAUCGUCAAUUUCGAGGCGUGGCUUCCCGCAGAAGGAUGGAAUGGUCGCCUUCAGGCUGUCGGAGGCGGCGGUUGGGUUGCAGGCCGCAGUGAACCGUUUUACAGCGCCAUGGGUGGAGCAGUAGCUGACGGCUAUGCGACGACCACGACCGACGCUGGGUUGGGAAACGCUUUGGACGCGAGUCCUUGGGCACUUCUCAGCCCCGGAAACGUCAAUUUCUACAAUCUGCAGAACCUUGCGUCUGUGUCACUCGACGAUGGCGCAAUCAUCGGAAAGUCUCUCAUCAGGUCCUACUACGGUCGCGGACCAGACUAUUCCUACUGGAAUGGCUGUUCUCAAGGAGGCCGACAAGGACUCAUGCUAGCCCAGCGGUAUCCUACUCAGUAUGAUGGCAUCGCGGCCGGUGCUCCAGGGAUUCAAUGGACCGAUUUCUUCCCGAGCAUGCUCUGGCCUCAGCAGUACAUGAAUAUGAUCGGGGAGUACCCUCAUGCAUGUGAACUCGCGGCGAUCACGGCCGCGGCAGUGUCUGCUUGUGAUGGAUUAGACGGUGUCAAAGACGGGAUCAUCAGUGAAGUCGAUGCGUGCCUUGAUGCAUUCAAUCCUUUCAAGAUGGUCGGUCGAGCAAUCAACUGCUCUGAGGCACCUGAAGUUAGUCGUGCAGCAGCAGCUGUAGUCAAUGCUACGUGGCAGGGGAUGCGCAACUCCCAAGGCGUACAGCUGUGGCCAGGACUGAACCCCGGUACUGAUCUGGCUGUCGGCGUCGCUGCCACCAACUGCUCUACAGGGUCUUGCAGAGGUGUGCCAUUGCCCAUUGCUACGCAAUGGCUUUCGUUAUUUGUCGCAAGGGAUCCAAAUUUUGAUCUUUCCCACGUCAGUCAAGCUGAGUUUGACUGGAUGGCACACCAGGGGCGGCAGAGGUACAACUCGAUUAUUGGCACUGAUGACCCUGACCUCUCUGCUUUUCGUGAUGGCGGAGGAAAGCUGAUUACUUUUCACGGCCUCAUUGACGAGCUUCUCCCUCCAAAGGGGAGUACCAAGUACUACAAGAGAGUAUCUGAUCUCAUCCCGGGAGUUCAUGACUUCUACCGCCACUUCGAGGUACCCGGCAUGGGCCAUUGCGGUGGAGGGAGGAGCGGAGAGCCAACUAGUCUAUUUGGUCAACUCCGUGUAUGGGUCGAGAAUGGCACAGCACCGGACCAUACACUAGUCAGGGUUACAGUUCCGGACGGAAACGUUCAAGACCGCAUAUUGUGCCCAUAUCCGCAGAAGAGCGUUGUCGAUUCGAACUGUGAUAGGAAUCUGGGAACACGAUGCUGGUCAUGCGAAGACAGUUUGUAG